AUGUCUUUAACACAAUUUCGAAACUCAACAUCUCGAUCACUACAACGCAAUUUAUCUGAAAAUGUAUCAAACAGAGCAUAUGUAGUUGCAUUCGCUAUAAGAGAGGCUUUUGCAACGGCGAACACAGGAAAUAGUAAUAACGGUAGUAAUUACGAUUGGGAUGAAUUAUGUACACUAGGAGAUCCGCCUUCUUGUGAUUGGAUUGAGCUAGAUUGCACAGAUCAUGAUUGCACCCAAACUACCCCUGCCAUACCAUUUUUACUUGCGUAA